UGCGCAGCGUGUCUGAUCCCUCACGCCCGAGGACUCGGCCAGCGGCGGUGGGAUGGAGAGUGCGGGGGCAGCGCCGCAGGGAGCCGCGGGGCGCAAGAGGGUCCCCAACCGGGAGAGGCCCUCGGCCGAGGACGAUGCCCUCAACCAGAUCGCUCGCGAGGGUGAGGCAAGACUUGCGGCAAAGCGUGCGGCACGAGCUGAAGCACGGGAAAUUCGAAUGAAGGAACUUGAAAAGCAACAAAAGGAGAUCUAUCAAGUUCAAAAGAAAUACUACGGUCUGGGUACAAAGUUUGGUGACAUCGAGCAGUGGAUGGAAGACAAUGAGCGUUACUCCCAUAAAUCCAGAAGAAAUGCCUCGGCUUCAGAUGAAGAUGAACAUAUUUCAGUGUAUAGCCGUGGAAGCUUAAGGCCUUCAGAAUACAGUUGCUAUCUUGGCUCAGGAUCUCGGGCAUCUUCUAGAACUAGUUCUGCUCGUGCAAGUCCUGUGGUUGAAGAAAGGUCUGAAAAAGACUUUGAGAAGGGAAUCCGAACAGCAUCAAGCUUGUCAGCAGCUACACUGGCCUCUCUAGGUGGAACCUUUUCUCGCCGAGGCAGCGGGGAUACCUCUAUCUCAAUUGAUACGGAAGCAUCUAUUAGAGAAAUUAAGGAUAUCAAUGAGUUAAAGGACCAAAUUCAGAAUGUAGAAGGAAAAUACAUGCAGGGAUUGAAAGAAAUGAAGGACUCUUUGGCUGAAGUUGAAGAAAAAUACAAGAAAGCGAUGGUUUCAAAUGCUCAGUUAGAUAAUGAGAAAACGAAUUUCAUGUAUCAAGUGGAUGCCCUACAGGAUGCGUUGUUAGAACUAGAAGAACAGCUUGCAGAAUCCAAGAGACAGUUUGAAGAGAAAAGCAAAGAUUUUGAGAGGGAAAAACAUGCUCAUGCUAUAUUGCAAUUCCAAUUCAUGGAAGUCAAAGAGGCUCUGAAACAAAGAGAAGAACUGCUUGCUGAAAUCCGACAACUGCAACAAAAACAAGAGGGUUUUGUCAGGGAACUAACUGAUCUUCAAGAGACAAUAGAGUGGAAAGAAAAAAAGAUAGGGGCAUUAGAAAGGCAGAAAGUUUUCUUUGAUUCCCUAAGAAGUGAGCGAGAUGAUCUUAGAGAGGAGGUGAUUUUGCUGAAGGAACAAUUGAAGCAAUAUGGAAUAGUCCCCAAUUUAGGAGUAGCUACUAAUGGAGAAAUCUCUGAUUGUCUUGUUAAUGAUGGACUAUCAAAUUCUUCCAAGAUUGUUUCAGAGACUAGUCAUGCCUCUAAAGUAUCUGAGGAUUGUACAGUAGGCAAAGCAAAUGAAGUGGACAUGGAAAAUGAGAUUUUGGAGAAUAUGGGGAAAAGAGAAAUCUUGCAGAAUACUGAGCAUGAGGAAAACACAGAGGACACUAAGGAUCAGGAAAUUAUCCUGAAAUGUUUGGAAGUAAAGACAUUGCCUGCUGAUGAAAAUGUAGAGACAAAGAAAAUCACUGAAGCCAAAGUUAAAUCAACACUGAAAUUAAAUAGUGGACUUGAGGAUCCUGUAAAAAGUUACUCAGAAUGUAUCCCUGAAGUUGUUUAUUCCCUUGAAAAAAGAGAUGCAGUUGAAUUAAAGGUUGAAGGGGCCUCACCAAGUCAUAUUACAGAAGAGAAAGUGUCUGAUAGAAAUGUAAAUAUCACUCAUAAUCAAAAUAAUGUUGCAGAUCCAGGUAUUGAGAUUAAUCAGGAAAUACAUGCCAAUUUAGAAAUACCUCCACAACAGCAAAAUAAAGAAAAACAAAUAAAUACUGUAGUUGAUGAGGCAGAAGGGAAUAGUGAAGUAUUUUGGGAAGCUUUAGAUUUUGUAAAUAAUGGUCACAUGGCAAUUUCUACUUCACCAGAAUUGGUAGAAGUUAUCCUUACCAAAGCCUCCAGUAUUGAUCUUAAUAUUGAACAGUCAAAGAAUGGGGUUGUUGAGGGAGAUUUAAACAACGCGUUUCUUAAAAAUGAACAAAACGCUACAAUAACUGCUGAAACAGAAGGGCCAAAAAUGGAAAUGUGUGGAAUUAAUGAAGAGAAUUGGGCAGAAAAUACGGUACAGCAGCAGGAGGACCAAGUAGUAGAUUCUGCAGAAGAACAAACAGGAACACCGUGUAUUAUGAAAUUUACAUUGGAUGAGUUUGGAGAGGAACAAGAACCAGUUAAAAUUGAAGAAAUCCAGUCACCAUCUUCAAAGCAUGAUGCAGCUGUUGGAGAACAAAAUGAGCAAGAGAUAGGAGCAGUUAAAGAAAAUGUUGAAGACAUUAAGGUGAUUCCUCAAAGAGAAGUGUUUUUGAGGGCAGUAGAUGCACAUUUAGAUUCUGAGAAAAAGAAUGAUGAACAUACCAUGAAAGACAUUCAUGCAGCACAUGCUCUUGUAGAUGAUAUAAAUCAAAGUGAAUGUCAGACCCAUGAAGAAGCAGAUGCAAACCUAGAGAAUGAUUCCAGCCAUAAAAUAAAAUCAGAUUGCAUAGGUGGAGCUCUGGUUGAUAUUCAUAUGAUACAUGAAGAAGUUGCUGAUGAUAGCCACAUAGAAGACUUGUCUGCAGGAAAACAGAGUGUAGACAAAGAAGACAAAACUAUGAAAGAAUCUGCUGUAACUGCAACUAUAAUGAAAGAGGAUACUGAAGAAGUAUGCACUGGGAACAAAGAAGGUAAAAACAGCAGAAAGCUGCAGGAAGAAAUUCACAUUAUUGUGCCAGAUAUUGAGAAGGUUGCUUGUUUCAAGUCACAGAAGACUGAAUUCAUCGAACAAAAGAAGGAGCCUGAGAGUGAAGAAGUAGUUGUAGAAGAAUAUCAUGAGGCCUUAGAUUUUGAUGAGUCUUCUUUUGGAGAAUUGAAAACUUCUGAAAGGAGAGAGAGUCAGACUAAUAAAGAUAAUGAAAAGGUCAAAACCAACCUAAUCUCAACAGAUGCAGUUGGAUCUGAGGCUCUUGUGGAUGAAAGUGACAGUAUUCAGCAGAUGAAAGAACAUAAAUUUGAAGAAGCUAAAUCUGUGCAGAUAGAUUCUUCUCUUUCUGAAACAAUAAAGUCACAAUGUGAACCACUGGAAGACACAAAUAAAUUGUUGGAUGAAAUCAGUUCAAAACAAAUUGCUAAUUAUACAUCAGAACAGUUAGAAAACCUGGAGAGCGCUGUUAAUGACAGUCAAGAAGAAACCCAGAUGUAUAAGAAGGGUAAAGGUAAAUCUCGAGAAGACUGCAUUAUAUCAUAAACUCAGAACUGGGUCAUUAUUCCACAUUAUGCACCAGCCAUAUGUUAAGUUAAAGAGCAAAAGUACAUUUUUAAUUUUAAAAAAAGUCAAAAAUUCUUAAUUCAUUUGAAAGGAAAAGUUCUACCAUUUAAUUAAUGUCAUUCUUUAAAUAACUCUGCAAACUAAACUAUAUCAAUAAUGUAUGCAUGUGGAGGCUACUUUCCGUGUCAGAUUUAAUUACAGUCUAUUCAAAGCUAUUAUGCAAAUUCCCAGUGAACUGCUUUUUCAUAUUCCAUCAAAAAGAUAAUAUAGUACUUGUUCUUUAAGGAUUUUAAUGAAUGGUAGGAUUGGAAAAUUCUUAGGAAUUAUUAGGAUACAUGCUAGCUUUUUGAUAAAAUGUCACCAAUCUGAUACAUUUAUAUUUGAUUUCAGGUUGUUAUAGCUUCAUUACUGUUACACUUAAUGAACAAAAACGCAAGGUCAAAGUUGAAUGCAUAAUAAUAAUGAAAUUAUGACAAUUUGGAGAAAAGUAGUAAGAUUGCACUGUGUAUGUGUUUCACACAUUUCAAAUUAAUAUCAUUUCUAUUGCCAAAGAUAUAGAUACAGAUCACUAUAAGAAUUAGAUGAAUAUGCAAGUAAAAGAUACCAUUUGCUACUAAGAAUCAUAUACGAUUCAAUUAUAUGCAAUUCAGUCUUUUCUUACCAAAUCAAGCCCUUAUUGGUUUGAAUCAGUGGAUUUAACUUAAUGUCAAUGCAAUUGAUACAUAAAUGACAUACUCUUGAUCCAAUUUAGUAUUUAAAGUUAUUUCUCUGUCUCUUUCACUGUAAUGUAUGUAUGUUUAUGUAUUAUAAAACUUUCAGUUCACAUUAUAUUUAGCCUUUGUAGUAAGUAAUGUUUACUGCAAAUUGUAAUAUAUCUAUUUUCUUAAAAGUUAGUAUCAUUUGUUCUCUGUGCAUUGACUUGCAAAGAAAUAGAGCUAGUUGAAUGUAAACCAGUAUUUUCUUGUAUUGGAAGAUCUAUCCCUUUAUUUCUGCUGGAAUAUAAGCAGUCUUGAUUGUCUCUGUGGUAACAAUCUCUAUUUAAAUCACAAGACCAAAGGUAAUAGCUACUGCAGUUUUAUGCAUAAAACUCCUAUUUAACACACUGCCUUCUUUAAGAAAAAGACUUAAUAAUGGCUAAAAUAAAUCUGAAAGUUUUUCAUUUA